AUGGCUGGGUGGGUGUCUCGGAAUUUACAUGAUUUUCUCCAGCAAUUGGGACGCAUGGGAACGGGCCGCGCCACGCUUCCAGAACAGCGCGGUCACGUGCCGCGCCCCAUUCCCACCCCCACUAACACCCCCACUCCUAUCCCCGAUAUCGCCCCCAGUCUCACCUCCAAAGUCGCCCCUUUGAGGCCACUCCCCUCCGGCCGAACCGCCCAAAAAAUCUUCACCCUGGCCCGCCUAAAAAGCACAUGCCAUGGGCCGCCCCGGCAGGUGUCGGGCGCCUCCACUCCUCAGCCCGCCAGAAACCACGCCCCCGCCCCGAAACCCGUCUCUGGCACCCCCGCAAACGCACCCCCGCGUCCACUUUACCCCCCUGCCCUUUUCCCGCGGAAUUUUUUUCGCCCCGGGCCGUUUUUUUCCAUGUCCAGCAGCGACCCCCGCAAAGACGAUAUCCGGGGCCAGCUUUCGGACAUCCAGCGGCGGCUUUUCGGCGCCGGCAGGCCCCGCCCGGCAGGCCCCGACUUCCCGCCCAUGGACGGCCAGGCACCGGCGCGUUUUCCCGGCGGAAACCGCGCGCCAGGCGCCGAAACCGGCGCCAGGCCGCCCGUUCCUCCGGCUUUUCCGCCGGCGCCGCCGCCAGCAGCCGACCGGGCCGCCGAAAACACCGCCCACGCGCUGCCGCCCACGCGGCCGGCCGUGCCGGCGAAACCCGGGCCCGCGCCGUCCAAUUCUGCCGUGUUGAGGCGCAACAAUGGCCGUCCACAGGCAGCAACAGCAGCGCCGCGGGGCCCCCGGGUGCUCCCACAGCCGCAGCCGCCGUUGCGGCCCGAGUCCAAGGGCCAGGACAUGGACUUUGUCGUGGGGCUCAGCGAGAACUUGCUCAGCGAGUGCCGGCGCUUGACGGCCGAGAACCACGCCCUCCAGGCGCGGAUGAAGAGCCAGGCGGCCGAGCUCGCGGAGUCCCGGAGCCAGGCGGCCGCGCUCGCGACCACGCGCACGGUUGCCGCGAGCACGGAGCUGGGCUUGCUCGACAAGAACUGGGAGUUGGAGGCCCGCAACGCGGCGCUCCAGGAGCACGUGGAGGCGCUCAAGGCCGCCAACGACAAGUUGGUGCGCACGCACAACGACAGCACGCUCCGCAUCUCCGCCUUGCAGCGCGACGCGGACGAGCACCAGAUGAAGGCCGCCACGCUCGCGUCGGACCUCCGCUUGGUGCAAGACGCGACGCACCGGCGCGUGGCGGAAAUGGCCGCGCGCGUCGACGAGUUGAGCGACGAGAACGACGCCUUGCAUGCCCAGGUCCUCGGCCUCGAGGCGGCCGCGGCCGCCGUGGGUGCGCCGCGCGGCGCGCUGGCCCCGCCGCUGCCCGCGGGCCUGGACACGGCCACGGACGCCUUGGACUUGGACGCCAUUCUCCACGACCUGGCGGCGUUCCUCGCCGAGCCGGCCGUGCGGGACCCCGACGGCGUGGGCUUGGAGGUCCACACGCUCCGGGCCAGCUUGGCACACUCCUCGCGCACCGUGUCGCGGCUCCGGGCGGCGCUCCUCAGGGCGAAGGCCGCCCCUGCCCCGUCGGCCCGAAGCACGCCGAAGUCGGCCCGCAAGACCCGGCCCAAGGACGCGGCGGGCCGCACGCCCGCCCUCGCGACGCCCGCGAAGGCGGGCUCCAAGUUCAUUGUCGUGAACCACGACGAUGAGGAGUCGCCGUCGCGUGCCUCGGCCUGGCCCCAGGAGGACAACUGGGAGGACUUCAUUGGCCUGGGCGCCGCCGGCGCCACGCCGUCCAAGCCCGCCCGGCGCGUGGUCGACGAGUCCGACGAGGACCUCCCGGAGGACCUCGGCAUCGGCCUGGAGCUCCGCAGAACAAACUCCUAUCUCCACGACACCGACAGCUCCGAGCUGGACUUCGAAGCCCCGCCUAAGCCCUUCAAACAGAGAGUUCUCUCGCAUGAACUCUCGCGCGCGGCAGAGCCCAUCACCGAGGCGCAGGUUCAGCAGUUUGCCCGCGACAACCACUUGGUGCUCUUGACACUGGAGGACUACGCCAAGCUCGAGUACAACGACGUGUUGGGCAUGGACACGGCUCGCAUCACCGCGGUCGCGGAGAGCAAGGGCUUUGUCUUGCUCAGCAAAGCAGAGCACGACGAGCUUCUCGGCGAGGAGGAGAUGAAGGCCCGGUUGCUCUCCAGGGGCAUCGUCACCAUUCCGGAGCUCGAGCUCGAUGGCUUGAAGCAAGUCAAGCAACACUACGAACACCCGGACUUCGCUUUCCUCUGUGAACACCUUAAGGCCAAGGGCCACGAGGCAGUCGACGCGGAGCACUUGGCCAGCCUCAAGAAAAGCGAUGCGUUGGUCCUGUCCCCUCCUCGGUCGUUCUUGGUGUCCCGCUGCAAAGCGGCCAACUUGUACCCACUUCCAACCGAGGAGUACAAGCGGCUCAAAGCCUUGGAAACUGAGUACGACCAGCCCUCUAAGGAGUAUCUCACCAAAAAAGCCAACGAAAUGGGGUUGUUUGUUUCGCCCUCCCAUUACAUUGACGAGUUGGAGAAAAAGGCACUGGACCCCGAUGCCUCUCAUGUGACAAGUAAGGCAGAGGCGUUGGGUCUCAAGGUCUUGUCCGCGGAAAAACUCUCUUCUCUCGAGUCCCCUGACCUAAAGGCCGUGGCUGAAAGAGCCAAGGCCCUUGGCCACAUGGUACUUCCAAGCCACGACUACAAUGACUUGCACGCGUUGGCCACCAACCCGCCCGUGUCCCACCUCCGAGACAUGUCACACAAACAUGAUUGCUUGCUCCUAUCGAAUGACGAGUAUCAGAAGUUACGGCUCCCCGACUUGGAAUCUAUCCAAUCGAGAGCCGCAUCUUUGGGUCAUCAUGUCUUGCCCGCCGCCAAACUUCGGGAUCUUGAAACAUUGGCGCACAACCCUCCCAUUGAGCAUGUCAGGGAAAGAGCAGCCGGCCAUACGCUUAUUCCUGUGCCCGAAUUCGAAGCUUUACGAAAGCUUGCUCAUGAACCCAGUCUUGCACAUGUACAGAAGCAUGCGGAAACGCACAAGCUCGUUACUCUUUCAGGAAACGAAUAUACAUCGCUAUACAAGCAAGCACAUGAGCCUUCUCUUGAGUACUUGGCGGGUAAAGCUACCGAGAGAGAGUAUGAGUUGGUGAAGAUGUCAGAGUUGGAGAAGUUGAAACAGCUUUCAGAAUCCCCUGAUCUUGACUACUUGAAGACAAAGGCACUUGGGUUGGGCCAUGAGUUAGUACCUGAAGACAAGCUUUCUGAAUUACAAACACUUGCUCAUAAACCAGACCAUGCGCACCUUCGUCAUAUGGCCAGGAUAUCCAACAUGUGCAUACUAGAAAUUGAAGAGUUUGAGCACUUACAAAGCUUAGCCCAUUCUCCUGAUCGGUCCCAUCUAAUAGGAAAGGCAUCACAAAUGGGAUUAUGUGUCAUCUCCAAUGAGGAUUUGAAGACUUUGCAGCGGAGAGCACAAGAACCACUGCUUGAAGAAAUCAAGGCAGACGCUCAAAGACAUGGAUUCAUUGCUGUUUCUUUGUUUGAAUUUGAGGAACUUGAACGCAAAGUCUCAGAACCAUCAGUGGAAGAGCUCGCUGAAAUUUCUGCGGCUCAUGGUAAGAUUCUUGUCGAUAAAAAUGACUAUCAAACCCUCAAACAUUCGGCUGACGAACCUUCUUUGCUGCAUAUGAAAACAAUUUGUGAUGGCUUGGGCUAUGAAAUUGUUGAUCAAGUGAAAUUUUCUGCCCUUAAUCAGGAAGUCAACGAACCUUCCGUCGAACAAUUGAGGCUGAGAGCUGAGGUGAUGGGUAUGAAGAUUAUCAAAGACAAGGAUUAUGAAUUGUUGCAUUCUUUAGCCCACGACCCUCACUUGGAUCAUCUUGUGGAUCAUGCAAAGAAAUACGACCACGUUCUUGUUUCUGAUUCCGAGUACAAUUCUAUGAACGCAAAGGCUGAAAGUCCAGAUUUCCACCACAUUGAGAAGAAGGCAACGCUCUUGGACAUGGUUGUUUUACCCAGAGAAAUGCAUAUGAAAACACAAGCUCUGUUAGAAUUUCCAUCCUUAGAGUAUCUAAGAGAGAAAGCAUCAUCAAUAGAUCACAUUUUGGUGAAGAAUGCUGACUUCCAAAACCCUUCUCUUGAGUACAUCAGGGAGAAGGCCGCACUCCAUGAUUCAGUCGCAAUCAAAAAAAGUGAGCUUGAAAACUUGCAAUCAAAAUUGGAUGCUCCUCCCGCCGAAUAUAUUAAAACUAAGGCCACACAAGUGGGAUUGAUCACGUUAACUUUAUCUGCUCAUAAAGAAUUGACAUCAUUGGCCACCAGUCCUCCGGAAAGUCACGUCAAAGAUGUCGCGGCCAAGUUGGGGCUUGUGUCAUUAUCACCAACAGAAGUUGAUCAGCUUAAGAGGGAUGCGGAAAAUAUUCCUGAAGAGACUAUUGUUUCCAAGGCUGCCUCUUUAGGCCUUGCUACAAUUUCAGCUGUGGACUUGAAAGAGCUCAAAAGAAAAUCCCAUGCACCUACUGUGAGCGAGCUUAAACAAUUUGCUAAGGCUUCUAACAUGGAUCUUAUUAAAAUCAAAGAAUUGGAAGCAUUGAGGAAUCACAUUGACUCGCCAGAGAUUGCUUAUAUUGAAGAAAAGGCUGCGCAACAAGGUCAUGUGCUCGUUGCGCAGGAAAAACUUGCCGAGCUCGACGAGCUCGCAUUGAGGCCCACAUUAUCACAGCUCAAGGAAGCUGCUUCCAAGAAAGACCUGGUAAUAAUUCCCAAAUUCAAGUACGAGGAGACGGUGCGCUUGGCCUUUGGCCCGUCCGUGGAGCACAUUGCGAAAUUAGCAUCAAAAACUGGGUCACUCAUUAUUCUGGCGACCGAGUACGAAGCUGUGAAAGAGAAGGCACUUCGUCCAUCAAUUGAGCACCUAAAGAGUUGUGCGGAAUCACAUCUGCAUAUUGUCCUUCCUCAAACUGAUUACGAAGAGUUGAGUAGGCUUGCCCAUCAGCCUUCACUAGAGCGUGUCAAUGAAUUGGCACGGAACCAGGGCUAUGUUGUUACUCCUAAAUCCGAGUUUGAAACUAUUCAGUCGCUCGCUAACAAUGCUAGUCUUGAUAGGGCCGUGGAAUUGGCAAGGGCAAAUGAUUCAGUGAUCGUAUCUUCAAAAGAUUACGAUGAACUUACUCAGAGAGCAAAGUCGCCAACUUUAACACAACUCAAAGAAUCCGCAGCAAUUUAUGAGCACGUUGUGGUUCCAAAGGCAGACCAUGAUACUCUCACACGACUUGUAAACGAGCCAAGCUUGAGUGAAAUCCAAAAUAAUGCGUUGUCUUUUGAACGCAUUUUGAUCACAAACGAAGAGCAUGAGAACCUCGACCGUCAAGCAAACGCGCCAUCGCUUUCUCGGGUAAAGGAACACGCGCACACGUUUAAUCACUCUUUGUUGCCCGUACUGGAUCAUGAGUCUCUUAUCAAAUUGGCAAAUGACCCACCAAUGGAACACAUCUUGAGGUUGGCAAAAGGCCUUGAUCAUAAACUUGUACCGGUACAAGAAUACGACUCGCUAAAAGCUAAAGCUGAACGCCCAAGUAUGGAUCAGAUCAAAGAUUUUGCUGAUGUCUUUCAUAGUACAGUCAUAUCAACAGACAAGUACGCUGAAUUAACAGCAGUGUCGUCGAAGCCUAGUCUCGAUCACUUACGCGAGAAAGCCAAAAAUCAUAGCUGUGUUGUUAUUCUUGAAACCGAAUACUCUGAUUUGCAAAGCCUAGCUCAUAAUCCUGAUGCCGAUCACAUUCAAAAGAAGGCACAGAUACUUGGUUUGUCACUUCUUCUUGAGACAGAGCUCCAGCUGCUCCGAACUUUGGCCGAAAGACCAGAUAUUGACUUUGUCAAAACACAUGCAGACCGGUUGGAGCAUGACGUCAUCGAGAAAGAUGAACUUUUGGAAUUGAAGAGGUCAGUUGAGAAUCCAAAAUUUGACUUCCUCUGCAACAGGAUCUCGUCGCAUGGCUAUGUUGCAAUUCCAAGCCUGGAGUUUGAGCAGCGAUUCGAAGAUGAGAAGAGAAUGGCCAAUAUGAAAUUAAUCACAAUCGAGGAAUACGAUCAUUUGAGUGCUAUCUCCUCUCUGCCAUCUCUCGAAUUUCUAAAAGAAAAGGCGAGAGAGAAGGAACAUGUCCUCUUGAGUCAAUCCAAGUAUGAUGAAUGGCGUGAAUCUUUACAGAGCCCUAAAUAUGAGUACUUGGUGCAAAAGGCAAAUAAUUUAGGGUACGAUGUCAUUGAGUCCACGCAGCUCAAAACUUUGCAAAAUUCUCUCGAUGAGCCUUCACACGAGUAUCUAGUGGAGAAGGCCACAUCUAAAAAGUUAGUUCUUUUGCCAUCGGCCGAGUUGUUGCUUUUGAAUAGACAGAUUGAGGAACCUCUGCUUGAAUAUCUUAGGGAAAAGUCAAGAAAGUUUGAUCAUGCUAUCAUUCCAGAGCUCGAACUCCAUUCGUUAAAGUCCAUCGUCAAUGAUCCGACUACAGAAUUCUUGGCUGAUAAAUUACACUCUAAAUCGAUGACAGCAAUUGAUGAUGACGAGCUAAAGAGUUUGCAUAAAACUGAGGAGCUUUUGAACAAUCCCACACUCGAGUAUUUGCUGAAGCAAGCUAAAGUGAAAAAUUUUGAACUCGUUGAGAAUUCUAAAUUUGAGUCUUUGCUGUUCGCAGAAUUGUCCCUUGAGUCUCCCUCAGAUGAUUAUUUGCACUUGCAUGCGAAAAAGAAGGACUGUACUCUUGUUUUGAACUCAAAGCUAGCUGAACUUGAAAAUUCUAAGGCCAUUCUUGAGUCUCCUUCUCUUGAAUAUCUCAGUCAGCACGCCAACACGUUUGAUCAAAAACUUUUGAGUUUCGCCAGCUUGUUGGAAUUACAGCACUUCAAAAAUCUCUUUCUUUCUCCGUCUCUUGAGUACUUGUCAGAUCAGGCUCUCUUGCAUAAUCAUAAAGUCGUUCUGAUCGAGCAGCAUGAAUCCAUGCAAAAAUGCAUUGACCUGCCAGGAAUUGAGUAUAUUCGUGAGAAAGCUAUAUUAUUGGGCCAUGUUCUUAUCUCGGCAGAAAAAGAAAAAGAUCUCUAUACUUUGGAACAAGAAUAUCAGUCACCAACAGUCGAGUAUCUUUCUCAAAAGGUUUUGAUGCAUGAUUGUGAGGUUGUUCCUAUUUCCGAAUUGACUUCUCUCAAGCAUGUCAAGACCUCUUUCGAGUCUCCAUCCAUAGAAUACUUGAGGGAACAAGCAUUCACUCAAGGUCAUGAGCUUUUGACGGAAGAUGAAGUAGCUCACUAUGAAGAAGCAGAAGAACUCGCGAAGGCUCCACCACUAGGUGUUGUACAAGAGCGUGCAGUUCAAUUAGGAUAUGUUGUCUUGACAAGUUCAAGAGUGAAUGCCUUGGAAAAAUUAGAAGCCUCGCUUGAAGCGCCUGAUCUUGAAUACUUACGUGUCAAAUUGGACAAAAUUGGACAAACACUAAUGGACUCCGUUACCUUUGAAACGUGGUCUGCAAGAAACGCGAAGGAUAGCAAGGAGUUAGCCGCAGAAGACGGGUACUUUGUCUUGGCUCAAGAAGAGUACAACACCUUGCAGGAAUCUCUUACGAGCCCGCUGCUCGAAUAUCUUGCAGAAAAAGCCACCGCUCACAAAUGUGUUGUUGUUUCUGAAGAAAGUAAUGCAUCUCUCUUGAAGCAGAUCGAAUCGCCUUCUUUGGAAUCAAUAAAGGCACACGCGGAUAUACUUGAUCAUAUUCUCAUGUCUAAAGGGGAAUUCCGCGACUGCACUGAAUCACUCGACUCCAAGCUAGAGAAGGCGGGUUUAGUGGCUCUUUCGAAAGAUGAACACGCGCAAAUACUCUCGAAACUUUGUUCUCCAGAUUUGGAAUUUUUGAUCGAAAAAGCAAGUUUGUAUGAAGCAAGGGUUAUACAAAACAGCGAAUACGACGCUUUGCAAGCUAAGGCCAAUGAAUCAUUAACUUCGAAAGCUGAAGCUGAUGGUAUGGUGCUUCUCGAAAGAAAUGUACUCGCCGACCUUCAUGAUGACUCCCAGAGAUCCAAAAAAUUUAGUGAUUUACUAGAAACUCCAGACAUGGGCAUUGUUACAGAUUUGGCGGCCAAAUUGAAGUGUACUAUUGUACCACAGGAAGACUUCGACGAGCUAGAAGCCCAGCUGAUGGAGUCGGUGCACGAGAAGGCUCUUAAGCUAUCGCUCAUUGCAAUCCCCUUGACCGACUUCAAUCGAUUAAAGACAGAGAGCGAGGAAUCUGUUGAAUCUAAAGCUGCAAAGGAGAACAAGACAGUCAUCAAUUCGACGGAAUACGAAAGAUCCUUAGGCUUGGACGGAUUACAUGAUCUCGCUAUCAAACAUGGGUACGCCACUUUGCCCGCACAACAGUUGUCUUCUUUGAAAGCAGAGCUUGACAAAGAUUUGAAAACAAAAGCUCUUGAAGCAAACAUGGCAAUUGCUCCUCUCGCAGAAUAUAAAAAAUUGCUCUCCAAUUUCGAAAGCCCAACUCUAGAGUUUUUGGCUGGUAAAGCUACUUCGUUCAACAAAGAAUUGAUUGAUAUACAAGAGCUCGCUGCUUUAAAACUCGAAGCAUCUUCCAUACUGAACGACAAAGCCGCUCGAGCAGGCUUGGUGGUUAUUCCUGUGGCAGAAUUCGAUCAUCUUCACUCUAAGGCACAUCUGCCAUCUAUCUCAGAUGUGAAAUCAGCAGCAGUACAUCAUGGCUACGAAUUGGUCAAAACAGCUGAGCUUAAUGAGCUUAAUGAAAAAGCCAACAGGACUAUUGAUGAUCAUAUUGCGAGCACCAAUUUGCGGGUGAUACCAAACGACGAGUUUGAUGAAAUGCUUUUGAGAGCAAACAAACCAUCUCUAUACCAAAUAUCCCAAAAUGCUGAAGAGCACGGAAUGACUCUUGUGCUGACUGAAGAAUUUGAACAAAUGAAGAGGGAUUCAGAGGAACCUUUGGAAUUGAAAGCCGAGAAAGACAAUCUUGCUUUGAUAGACUCAAAAGAACUCACUGACUUACGUCAUAUAGUGGAGUCGCCCUCUGGUGAAUACCUAGCUGAUAAAGCCAGAGCGAUAGGUAGUUUAAUAAUUCCUGUCGUGGAAUAUGAUCACCUCAAGUCGCAAAGUGGAAAAAGUCUUGAUGAGUUGGCCCGCGAAAGUGGGUUUGUAUUGCUUAAGAAUGAAGAACACACCGGUCUCUUGUCCCAAUUGGAAGAUUCGCAGAAGUUCAAAUUGCCAACUAAUGACGAAGAGCUUGAUUUUGUGAAAAAUGAAUUGCGUGCUCGGGGGUACGAGGUUGUUUCAAAGACCAAAUAUGCAUUUUUGCAAUCAAACUCGCUGUGUUUUUCCCCCGAAGAAUUGACCGAAGCUGCGCGUUCAAAGGGGUUGAUUGUUGUGAGCGAGGAUGGGGAGCUUGAGUCUGAGUCAAGUCCUGACGAAGUCAUUGAUUGGUUGAAACACAAAGGAUUUGAAGUAAAAAUGGAGUCUACCACCCCAGAGUUUGCGGACGCCCAAGAGACAAUCGCUUUGAAUCUGGAAGAAUUAAAGUUGAGUGCAGAACGUUUGGGCAUGGUUUGCGUCGAGCAACCUGUCUACCAAGACAUUGUGGAGAAGUCAAAAAUUCAAGAAGACAAAGACUUGCUAACUGCAGCCGCAGCUGCUCUUUCGCUAGCUGUUUUGCCAUCUGCCGAUUUGACCAAUCUCAAGCAAAGUUUGAUAGAUAAAGAUUCAACAAUCAGUAGCUUGAGUCAGAAGCCCGAGACUGAGGUCUCAAAGGCGUCUCUUUUGCAGAAUCUGAGAAGACUCGAUAUGGUGGUCUUGGAAAAGGCAGAAUAUCAGCAAUUGAAGAGUUGUGCGGACCAGCAAAAUGAAACUAUGUCCGAGGAUGAUUUGCGGGCAAAGGCCGAAGAAUUGGGUUUUAGCGUUGUGCCAGGGUCUCAGUAUCAUGAGUUGAAAAAUGCACAAGAUACUUUGAAAGACAAGAGUAUGUUUGUCAAAGCGGCCAAGGACUGGAAUUUGAUCUGUGUGCCAGCGACCGCGUUUGUGCCCACGACCGUCGCACGUACUCCUGAUGUUGAAAAGGUUUCACUCAUUCCUACAAGCUACUAUGAGAAGUUGAGCCGCCUGGAAUCACUCAACAUCGACAAAGUGUCUGAGGAUGUAUUCCGAAGCCAUGCACAAAAAAGAGGAUAUGUGAAACACAGCGCAAUCUCGAAGAGCCCUCUUCUCAAUCUGGACAGUGAAGAGUCUAGUCUUGCUCACUCUCCAUUGACUUCGGCUGCUGCUUCGAGCUCGCAUUCGAAACCCCCUCUCAAAAGCGCACUUCCUCAUUCAAAAUCAGUGCGUUCUGAGAUGACUGUUGAAUCCCACAAUAGUGCGAUCGACUCGCUCACUGGCUUGUCUAUUGCGACAAAUAUCUCGUUCACGGACAGGUCGAUGAUUCCGGCAAUCACACAAGUUGUUAUUGGAGAGUACUUGUUCAAGUACUACAGAAAACUCGGACCUUUGAGCUCUAUAUCCGCAAGCCGACAUGAGAGAUAUUUCUGGGUUCAUCCAUACUCCCUAACCCUCUACUGGUCUUCGUCUAAUCCUGUUUUGACAAACCCAUCAGAGGUGAAGGUAAGAGCCAUGGCCAUUGAAAGCGUGGAGAGUGUUGAUGAUAAUAACCCUCUUCCCACGGGUCUUCAUUACAAGAGUAUCAUUGUCCGCUGCAAGCUCAAGACAAUUAAGAUCACAUGCCCAACAAGACAACGGCACAAUACCUGGUACAAUGCGUUGCGUUAUCUUGUGAACAGAAGCAUCAACGAGCUCAACUUCGGUCGUGGCGACCCAAACCGAGUACAAUCGGCACAGGAUCACAACAACAUGCGUCACAUUGAUGACGAGGAAGAUGACGAGGAUGUUUUCCACCCGAACGCCCAGUUUGAUGCAUCCACUCGACACGCCUUUCCCAGGUCGUCUUCGAUAAUGAAGAGCAGGUCCUUUGGGCGAUUGCCAAGUAUCAGACGCUGA